AUGGGUUUUCUCUGCAGGGCGGCUCGGCGCUUCCUUAGAGAUAGGGACAGAAUCAUGUCUCGUGAGAUCUACAGCAAGGGACGCUUCAACCAACCGGUGGACGCGACAAACCUUUUCGACAAUGACAAACACAUUCUUCCAGAGUUUGAGCCGUUUGACCACGCCGACGCCACGCCCCGAGCAAACCCAGGAAGUCCCCUGGUAGUGCAAGACGUAGACCUGAGUAAGUCGAUGAACAUUGCCAAUCACCACACGGGGAUGUACAUCACAGAGACGCUCGUGGUUCGCCGUGGAGACCCCAUCUUCCUGAAACUCACCUUCAACCGACCAGUCACAGCGCAGGACAACUUCCAGGUCCAAUUCCGCAUUGGAGCAAACCCAAACCCACUCCGUGAUUCUCUGGUCUCAGUCUUGUUCUCGGGCCUGGUUGCAUCUGGUCCCUGGGAGGCAUCUGCGUCUGAACAGCAGGGGGCGCUUAUGCUCCAAGUGACCCCGGCCCCGAACGCUGUGGUUGGUCGAUACCGUGUGGUGGUGGCUGUGGCUCUGGCCAAUGGACUCCAGUACACAGGACCUGAGUUACAGCCUAGCCUGUACCUGCUGUUCAACCCCUUCAACUCACGUGACACUGCAUUCCUGGAGUCCGGUCAUGAGGAGUAUGUCAUGAACGACUCUGGAGUGAUCUGGAUUGGAUCCCUCAACAGCGAAUAUCCCAGACCCUGGAACUACGGACAGUUUGAGCAGGGCGUGCUGGAGGCCUGUAUCUACAUCAUGGACAAGUCUCAGCUCCCAAUCUCCGACAGAGGAGACCCUGUGAAGGUCGUGAGGAUGGCCUCUGCCAUGAUUAACUCUCAGGACGAUAAUGGUGUCCUGGUGGGUAACUGGAGUGAGGACUUCUCGAUGGGGAAGUCUCCGAUGUUUUGGACGGGUUCAGUCCAGAUCCUGCAGCAGUACCACUCCACAGGGGUCCCAGUGUCAUACGCCCAGUGCUGGGUCUAUGCCGGAGUCCUCAACACCUUCAUGAGGUGCUUGGGUUUAGCCUCUCGUGUGAUCACUAACUUCUCGUCGGCUCACGACAAUGAUGGAAACCUGAAGACUGACCUGAUCUUUACCUCAGACAUGCAGCCAGACAGCAGGCACACCAGGGACUCUAUAUGGAACUAUCACUGCUGGAAUGAGGUGUACCUCAGGAGGAUGGACAUCCCCGAGGAGUUCAGCGGUUGGCAGGUCAUCGACUCCACACCCCAGGAAACCAGCGAUGGAAACUACCGCUGUGGCCCGGCGUCUGUCAAAGCCAUCAAGAUAGGCAAAGUCUGCUUCCCCUUUGACGGGCGGUUUAUCUUCGCUGAGGUGAACAGUGAUGUCCUGUACCACACUCGGGACAGAUAUGGAAAGCUGAGCCUUCAAAAAGUUGACAAGAAACUGAUCGGACAGAAACUGGUCACAAAGUCCCCCCACGGGAACUACCAAUUGGACAUUACCUUGGAGUACAAAUACAACGAGGACUCUGUUGAGGGACAGAGGGGAAAUGAGGAGGCGCUGGCGACAGCAGAGAGUUUCGGCUGCAGCAGAGAGAACAGACAAGUCCUGCCCGCUUCAGUGAGUGUCAUCAUCAACGCCAAGAAGGGGUAUGUGGGUCGUCCUUUGGAGGCGCAACUGGACAUUGUGAACCCAUCAGGCUCCUUGCUGCAGACUCAGGUGCUGGUUUUUGUGGAGACCACUUACUACACAGGUGUGAGGUCACACGAGGUGCACAAGGAGAACUACAACCUGGACCUGCCCGCCAACUCCACCCAGAAGAUGACGUUGUCCGUGCCCCCUGAGGAGUACAUGCCAUUCCUGGGGUCACAACCCAACCUAAAGAUCACAGUGUCCGUCAAACUUCCCCAGAACGAGAUGGUGACUGAGUCUGCUGUCGUCAGUCUGGAGGUGUUAUGGCUAAAUAUACAGGCAUCCUCUCCAGUGUACAUGGGACAGAAAGGCACCAUCUCUGUGUCCUUCAACAACCAGCUGGACGUGCCUCUGAUCCGGCCCACACUUGUACUGGAGGGCCCAGGACUGCUCCCCCUGAAGACCAAGGACUUUGAAACGGUUGAACCCCGUGGUUUACUGAAGUGGGAGGUGGAGUUUUAUCCUUAUUCACUCGGACCCAAAACACUCUCUGCUGUGCUGCUCUCCAACAACUCCGCCAUGCCACCUCACUGUGACUGUAGGAGGGACUGGAAGGAAGUGCCUUACCCAAAGACACAUGUGUUCAGGCAGAGCUAG